AUGACUGUUGCGCAUGGCUUCUCAAGUGGUUUUAAAAAAGUAGUGGUUGUUGGGUCAGCAGGAUGUGGCAAGUCUGCAUUAGUGCAAAGAUACAUCAACAAUACUUUUUCGACAGACUACCUGCAGACCUAUGGUGCUGACCUAUAUAUCAAAAACACAAACGAAAACAAAAAAUACUCGCUACAGAUUUGGUGCUGUGGAGGCCAUGAAAGGUAUCGAACACUUUUAGACCAGUUUUACUCUGAUAUCAAUGCAGCGUUACUUUGUUUUGAUAUGCAAAGUCAAAACUCAUUUCAAGAGAUUGAGUUUUGGUACAACGAAUUAAAACGGUAUGCUGGUAUUAUGGUCGAUUUAAUCAUGCUUUUUUGUUUUGGCUUAUUUACCAUCUCGCUCAUGUCUGCGCUUAUACUGUAUAGAGCUGCACCCGACGCACAAAUCAUUUUGGUUGGUACCAAAGUGGAUGACUCGGAAGCAACCGCUGUUAAAAUCCCAGAUGCAAUGUUUACCGCAAAAGACUGGAGCGUUGAUUUCAAGGCUGUUUCAUCAAAAUCCGGAGAAAAUAUUGAGGAUCUAUUUGAUCAAGUCAUGUCCAAACUAGGAUAA